AUGCCUCUACCAUCCACUCGCCACCACGUCAAGACGGGUUGCCGGACCUGCAAAGCCCGAAAGAUCAAAUGCGACGAAGCCAAGCCCUCAUGUAAGCGCUGUGUAUCGUCGCGCCGCGUCUGUGGCGGUUACCAAGGCACAGCUAGCCUGACGUGCUACCGCCCCAACCAACUAUCCGCGCGCGAUCAGAAAGAAGGCAGAGCGUUCCAGUUCUUUACAGAAAUGGUCGGGCCAGUUCUCGCGGGCCCUACCGACUCUUACUUCUGGACGCAUCUGGUUAUGCAGUUCAGCCACUUUGAGCCUACCAUGCGCCACGCAGUUCUGUCGAUCAGCUCGCUCUACGAAGAAUUUGCGAGAGGCUCUCGUAUUACUCGGCAGGUCUGUGGCAGCACCUUUGCUGUUGACCACUACAACGCGGCUAUAAAGCAUGUCAAGUCAGCUAGUGAUGAGCAAAUGAUUCUAGUGAUUUGCGUGCUUUUCAUCUGCAUCGAGUAUCUACAAGGAGACUUUGACGCCGCAAUGCAGCACUGUCGUCACGGUAUCAUGAUACUAAACAAUUCUUCGCGUCCGGAAUGGAUGUGCCAGUAUCUUAUUCCUAUAUUCCGACGUCUGAGUAUAACGCCAUUCUUUUUUGGCGGUGGCAAACCACCCACGCCUCUCCCGCAGCUCAUCGGGUUUGAGACACCGAUGCCAUUGAAGUUUAGCGAUGCUCAAGAAGCGCAGACAGCGAUUGACGACCUAUUGAUUCGGAUAAUGGGGUGUCUGCACGAUGGCAACGAUGAUAGAAUUACGCUGGCUUCAUUGCUGGAUGAAUGGGAUUCUAAGAUGAAUGAUCUGGAGCAGGAACUACCCCAAUCCGCAACAGCGGAUAAAUACGCCAUAUGCGGAAUGCGAUUCAAGCACAAAAUGGCCAGAAUAUACCUCCAACAGCAAAGCUCGCAUACAGAAACGUGGUGGGAUCAGCAUAUUGAUAUCUUCCGCGAUGCUGUAAAAUUGGCAGAAGAAGCGUUUCUCCUAUCAACAGCAUCUAGUCACCAGGGUAUACCACAAUCAAGCUUCAUUUUCGAAAUGAGUUGGCUACCGAUGCUAUUCUUCAUUGUCCUCAAGUGUCGAGAUUUAAAAAUUCGUCACAUGGCAUUAUCCUGGAUGGCGCGGCUUGGAACGGCCAAAGAGGGUCUGUUUGACGUAGGGACUCUGUAUAGAGUUGGAAGACGACUUAUUGAGCUGGAACAUGAUAUGUCACUUGUUGAUACCGCCGAACUGGUGAGUGCGGCUGUACCGCCGGAGGAGAAACGGUAUUUCGCUAUUCCGAUAAAUCACGAGUUGGAAGUCAUCUCCGAGCAGGAUGGUACAGUCAAGUACAGAAGACAGGUUAAGUUUCUCACGAAAGAUAAGGAGGGAAACGUAAUCGCUCGAGAAGAAUAUAUCUAUGAUGAUAAACCUCGUGGUUGUAGUUUUCAGAUACCGCCAAUGAGGUGUGCAUAUCGGCUGUAG